UUUCGUCUUAUCAAACUAGCUAUGGCCCAAAAUCCCAAAUAACCAAUCAUUCACACGCACGUGCUACUCCAAUUGUCCAAAGCAGGACGCAGCCGGCCAAACUCCGUCGCGCAAUCGCUAAUCGGAAAUUAAAUCGGCCAAUCGCUACUCCCGCGACUGGUCGGCCGUCAGAACGUUGGGGCACGGAGGCUAGAAGUGAGCACCUCUAACUCCUAUUCUCUUUCUCUAGUCGCUACUCGCCUACUCGACACUCCACAGCCUUUCCCGAAUAGCAGUCACAUCAAAUCAAGUCCUCCAUUCAUCUCUAAUCAGGUGGCUUGAUAAACUUGUUCCUACUACGAAAUGGAAGAAGUAGAAUCCGCAUUCAACGCGGCAAUUCAUCCAUGUUGGGCAGAUAUUGAACUCGCCGAAAGCUACCUUGUGUGCUGUAUGUACCAUGAUGCUGCAUCUUUAUCCCAUUCUGUAUUGAAGCGUUUGUUAGAAGGUAUUAGUUCUCACAAGAGUAGUGAUGAGUUGGAUGAUAUGUUGCAGUCAGCUGGAAUGGUCUUUGUUCAGUCCUUGAAUCAGCUUGGAAGGGCAUCAGAAGUACUGAAGGAACUUAAGCUGUUGUUUGGUUCAGUCACUGCCAUCCAUUUUCAAGUCUUUUUUACCGGGGCAUGUUUCCAAAUGCCUGGAGGCAUGUAUUCUGAUUUUCAAGAAGUUCUUGAUGAAUUUCUUAGCAAGUGGAAAUACAUGGAGGCAAAUUAUUAUGCUUCUGAAAGUGUUGAAGGUGACGUUGCUGAUGGAGAGAGCUUCAGUAAGCAGCAUGUGUUGGGAGUUGAUGAAUAUCUGAAAGUUGUUGAGCUCUAUGUGAUAACAUUUCUUGGAAGAACUAUAAAGAAUGUUGAUCUUGCAAUCGCAUGGGUUGAGAAAGCUGGUUUACCCGAGGAAAAGCGUCAGACUCUGUUGAGACAAUUAUACUCCAUGAACACUUCUGAACUCGGCAGUUCAUCAGAGUCCAAUGCAUCACUAUUGCAAAUAGAUGAACAUGUGCCUCAAUCUUCUUCCAUAAAGGAUGAAAAAACUGGUUCUGCAAACAAUCUGGAGAAUAAUUCAAAACAGGCGCUUAUUGAAAUGUACAAAAAGAGAGGAUCCUUUUGGUGGUUCCGCACCAUAAGUUUGAAGUUUAGGAGUACUCGAUUCAUCAUAUCAAAUGGAAAUAUUUUCCUAUGCUGUCUAGCUCUUAUCUUAUUUCAUCUCAUGAGGAGGAAGUCAAAUUUUAAGAGCAUUCUUAUAAAACAAGCUUCAUCUGUGAAGAAGGCUUUGGGUGAUCUUUGGGAACUUGCCUUUUCAUACCAGGUGAACCCACUUGCUGCAGUUGCUGGAGUUCAAUCUCUCCCUAGUGCAGCGCAUGGAACCCGCUGAUGUCGCUUCCAUUUUCUUUGUCGUAGUAUUAUCCUAACAUAUAGUGUAGGAGGCAUGACAAACAUACUGUGUAUCUUGGAGACUUGGACAAAUAAUACUACAUCAGAUUUUGUGGAGUAGUUCAGGUGGAGAUUAUUAACAUAUGAGAUAAAGUCAUUUCAUGAAUUUUCUGAUUUUUGGAGUAACGAGGAAGUUGUCAAUUAGAUGAUCCACCCCACUUAUUUAGAUUCAUAAUAUCAACUGUCACUGAAUAUGGCAAUCAAAUUAUCUAUGUAGGUUCAUUCCCAUCCAAACCGAGUACUAGACUACUAAUCGUGUCAUUCGUGUGCAAAAAUGUUGUAUAAAUAGUUAAAUAGUUAUACCAAUUGUGCCUUGA